GACAACUACGAGCCAAGUUCUCUUUCAAGAUCCCCGGGACAGGUUUAUUCUAGAUCGUGAAAAUGUCAAGAUUUCAAAUCUGUAAUAAAAAUAUACUUUUAUCAAAAGGCCUAAACUUGAAAGUUCACACAGACAUGCAACAAACUUUUUGGAGGAGGUGGAUCUAAGCUUUGAUAAAGCUCGCCAUCGCAACCCCACUCCUAAUUUUCCCCCGCGGGAAUCUGACAAGCCUUCCAAUUGACUAUCACAAACAUGGCAGUUCGAUCACGGAUUACUCUCGCAGCUCGCAGAGCUCGAGUAUCAUCAGCAUCAUCUUCUUGCUCAAAGAUAAGAUCAUUACGACCAUUGGUCCAAACUAGACUGCAAAGUACUGCGACUACAGAGGGCAGUGAAGGAGUAGCCAAAGGAACGACUGGUACAUCGAAGGCUAUAAAAUUUACAUCCGAAACAUAUCCUGAUAUAAAACGAGACUCGAGAUUCGCAAAAAUAUCUGAGGAGAAUGUGAAGUUUUUCAAGGAUUUACUGGAGAAGGAAUCUGCGGUUAUUGAUGGAGUCACGAAGGAUGCUACAGAUGAUAUUGAGCCUUUCAAUGGAGAUUGGAUGCGCAAAUAUAGGGGUCAUACAAGUUUAGUUUUGAAGCCUGGAUCUACGGAGGAAGUGAGCGAGAUUUUAAAAUACUGCAAUGAUAAUAUGUUGGCAGUUGUGCCACAAGGUGGGAACACUGGGCUUGUAGGAGGAUCAGUUCCUGUAUUUGAUGAGAUCGUGAUCAAUAUGAGCCGAAUGAAUCAAAUUCGAUCAUUUGAUGAGGUUUCAGGUACUCUCGUUGUAGAUGCCGGUGUUGUUCUGGAAGUUGCCGACAAUUAUUUGGCAGAGCGCAAACAUAUAUUCCCAUUGGACCUAGGCGCAAAAGGAUCAUGUCAUAUUGGAGGUAAUGUUGCUACAAAUGCUGGAGGCUUGAGGUUGUUACGAUAUGGAAGUUUACACGGAAAUGUUCUUGGUAUCGAAGCAGUCCUACCAGACGGAACAAUUGUUGAUGACCUUUCCAAAUUACGGAAAAACAAUACCGGUUAUGAUCUGAAACAACUGUUUAUCGGUGGUGAGGGUACAAUCGGUAUAAUUACCGGAAUAUCAAUCCUCUGUCCUCAACGAUCAAGCGCUACCAAUGUUGCAUUCUUCGGUCUUGAAUCCUUCGAAAAAGUACAAGAAGCUUUCAAAGAAGCCAAAGGUCAACUUUCCGAGAUCCUUUCUGCCUUUGAACUCAUGGACAGCCACAGCCAAGAUUUGGUUCAAAGAGUAACUAAAAACAAAAGACCAUUGGAAGGUGAGUAUCCUUUCUACUGUCUUAUCGAAACAAGUGGUUCCAACUCCGAACAUGACCAAGAGAAAUUGAAUAAUUUCCUCGAAUAUGUUAUGGAGAAAGAAAUUGUUUCUGAUGGUACCUUGGCCGAGAACGCAACACAAAUUAAAGAUCUUUGGGGCUGGAGAGAAGGUAUUCCCGAAUGUCUCGGCCACUGGGGUGGUGUCUAUAAAUACGACCUCUCUAUUCCUCUGAAAGAACUCUACCAACUCGUCGAAGACGUACGAGAAAAAAUCACUGAAGCUGGUCUCAUUGGCGAUACCGAGGAUCACCCAGUCGUAGGUGUAGUAGGUUACGGACACAUGGGAGAUUCAAAUCUGCAUCUCAAUGUAGCAACACGAAGCUAUGAUAAGAGAGUUGAGCAAGCAUUAGAACCAUUUGUAUACGAAUGGGUUUCAAAGAGAAAUGGGAGCAUUAGUGCCGAGCAUGGACUAGGUUUGGCGAAGAAGAAUUACAUUGGAUAUAGUAGGAGUGCGAUAAUGAUUGAACUGAUGAAGGGAAUCAAGAACCUUUAUGAUCCAGUAGGCUUUCCAAUCCUAUCCUUUCGUGGAAUAAUUUGGCAUGUAGAGAUGUACUAACGUGUGAUAGAAUGGGAUUAUGAAUCCAUAUAAAUAUAUUUGAAGGGAAAUAGAGACAUUGCAGUUGUAGCCUAGGAAUACCACAUGUUCAUAUGUGGUUUGGAUAUCGUUUCGGGGAUAGGAAGGAGAAUGAAUAGAUGAAGGAAAGUUUGUAAAUACUAUCUAUUAAAAAUACUCAGAGUAUAGUAACUCCACACAC